AUGACCUCAAAGAAUACUAAAUCUGGGAAAAAAGACGAUUCGGCUGCAGGCUUGACAGUAGAGGCCGUCUCCACGCUACUAGACCAACACCGUGAGGCAUUAGUGGUCGAAUUUAAAUCUUCUUUCAGCCUGCUGGAAACGAAACUGAACCAAAUCCAAUGCAAAGUGGAGGACCACAGCCAACGCCUACCCUCUCUCGAGCUCACUAUGGACAACCUGAGCCAGAGCAUCAGUGAGCUGGGAAACAUCUGCUCCAGCUUACCUGAAAACAAUAUUAAGCUAAUGGCUAAAGUCACUGACCUGGAGGGCUGGAGCAGAUGGCAGAACCUACGCAUGCUGGGCCUGCCGGAAUCUAUUGAAGGCAGGCGUCCUACUGAAUUUUUUUCCAGUCUGCUUUGUGAGAUCUUCGGGAAGGAGACGCUCCCAUCCCCGCUGGAGAUUGGCAGAGCCCAUCGUUCACUAGCAGCUAAACCAGCCCCAGGACAGAAACUGCACCUGGUCACUCUUCGCCUGCACCGCUACCAGAUUAAAGAUCUCCUGUUUAGAGAGGCCCGGCGGAGAAGGAAGCUAGAAUACCACGGCCAGCAGAUUCGGGUUGUGGAGGACUACUCUCCUGAAGUUUUGAGCCUGCGACCCGAGUACAGAGAAGUAAUGAUGGAGCUAUACAACCGAGAACUCAGGCCUUCCCUACUAUACCCUGCACGGCUCCGUAUCACACUUCCCAGCAGUGACAAGAAGUGGCUACACUCGGUAGACGAAACACGGAUAUACAUCGACAGCCUCCCCACUACAUCGAAUUCUUCAUAA